AUGUCUCGGGAUCGGGAUCUUACUUAUCGUAUCAUAACGAGCUAGUAUGGAUAGAAAGACGCAGUAUAAACAUAGAGCACAGAAUGUGUCCAAACUAAGACAGAGACAUAAAGCAGAAGAAUUGGCCCUUCGUAAAGACAGGAAAGAAAAGCUCUUGAGUUCUAAGCGAUUUCGCUUUGUUGGUGGCGAAGAUCUCGCAGAUGAAAUAUUGCAUGAUGAAGUUGUUAAUGCGGCAAAGGGUUUAGAAAAACCAGGAGCCCACAGACAUGAGAAUCUAAAGGCACUUCAACAAGCGUUUUCCCAAGGAACAGCCUUCAUUGACACAUUUUUCAAGGUUGAAAAUGCCUUGAACACACUUAUUGGCAUUUACACUGGAAGUGAUGCUGGCCUACAACUGGAGGCAGCAUGGUGCAUUACUAACAUUUCCGCGGGAACGAGCGAUCAGUCAAUGAUCAUUUGUAAACAAGUGGCCCCUUACCUGGUUACCUACCUGAGCAGUGGAGUUCAUCAGUUACAGGACCAAAGUGCCUGGACACUGGGAAAUUUAGCAGGGGACAGUACUGAGUGCAGACAGAUUUUACAAGCACAAGGAGUUAUCCCCCCUCUUGUACAACUUCUGCAGAGUCCACAUCCCUCAGUGGUUCAGUCAGCAGCGUUUGCUCUAUCAAAUCUGGCAAAAGAAUCCACAGACACCUGCAAAGAGAUGAUCCAGGCCUCUGUGAUUCCUAACCUUCUUUCUCAUUUGUCAUAUUCACAAGAAAAUCUGGAUGUUUUAGCCGAAGUAUCGUGGGUGUUCACUUACCUUGCAACUAGUGGGCUCUUUCUGGAGCAGCUAUCAAGUAAUGGAGUGAUUACCAAGGUUGUUAGUUUGCUUGUGACAUUGUCAGACAUACUGCCCCACAAAGCUCAGGCAGUGACACCUUUACUGCGUUGUCUUGGAAACAUAUGCAGUGGACCAGACCAGUACACAGGAAUGGCAAUGCAGAAUGCAGAGUUGCUACCAUGUCUCUGUAAAUACUUGACCUCUGACCUUCGGCAUGUUCGCAAAGAAACUCUCUGGGUUCUUUCCAACAUGACAGGUGAUCUUGCUGUCUGUAAGGAAGUUACUUUUGGGCCAAUACUUCCACACAUUCUGGAACAGGUGCCUGCAGCAUUUGACAUUAAAACAGAGGCUCUGUAUCUGUUGUGUAACUUAGGUUGUCAUGGUGAGGACAUCUGCAACCAUUUAGUGGACUCUGGACUAUUACAGUGUGUGGCCCCAGCACUGAAGUCUCAUGAUGUGGAAAUCUUAAAUCUGGCACUGGUGCUGUGUGAAAUGACACUGAAAAUGAUCCCAAAGGGAAGAGAAAUUUUUGAGAAGGAAUGUGAAGGGAUGGUUAAACUGGAGGCUUUAGAGUACCACAACAAUGAAUCUAUUAGGACCGGUGCUAACCACAUCCUAGAGAUGUAUUAUGGGGAACAGGUGGAGGAAGUGGACAUGACUUAAGAGAUUCAAUAAGGGUUUUUAUAAAUACUGAAAUAAGAGCUGUAAAUAGAAAUUUUACGUGAUCUGUACAGCGUCAAACACUCAAACACUUAGCUAUUGGAGAGCAGAAAGAGGAAGAUGUGUCGGACAAACGUGCCCAAGGAAGUCUGUUAAGUAUAACUGUACCAGUCGGGAGGUACAGGCCUACUGCCAUAUAGAUAGUGGAAGGUCAAAUUUUAUAAUUUACACAAUUUUUACAAGAUGUAAAUGUAGAGGUUGCUAGCAUAAUAAAAGACUAAAGCUGAAA